CAAGGAGCAGGGUAAAGCAAAAGGAUUGUUAGCGGUGACGUUUUUAAUUUAUCACCGUUAAUUAUACAUUUAACAAACCUGUAGUAUCCUACAUUAUGUUCCUACCUGUAAAAGAAGUGUUUUAUUUUAAUUUGCAACUCAACGAAUAGCUUUUAAGACUUUUAUUUUGACUGUUGAAUUCCUUCACUGUGAAAGUUACCCACUGAGUGCCAGUGUGCUAAGAUGCCUGCGGAGUUAAAACAGAGGAAGAAGUCUCAGAAACAAAGCGACCCAGUUCCAGAAACUUCGGCUACUAAUGGGAAAGAUGAAACGCAGAAAGUGAAGACUGAAGCUGGAAACAACGCAGGAGCGAACAAAACCUCCUCCAGUUUGGAUGUUAGGAGUUUAAUGUGCUUGUUGUCGCUGGCAGCGUGCGGGGCUCUCAGCUGGAUGGUACUGCAACAGAAUGACAGGUUUUCUGCUAUUGAAGAAAAGUACAAAUCUUUGCAAGGAAAGACUUCGAGUCUGUUCGACAUGGAGGAGGAAGUCUUAAAGGUUUCUGAAAAGCUUGCCGCCUCUGAGGACGACCUGCAGGAGGCGCUCUCCACCGUCUCCUUGGCAACACGUCUCCAGCAGGACAUCUCCACCCUCCAUGCUGCUGUCACGGUGAUGCAGAACGACGAGAACUCUGCCUCCCGCGACCUGCAGACGGUGAGCGGCCACUUCCUGAACGUGACGGAGACGUGGCAGGUGCGUCUGGCCGCCAUCGCCUCCGACCUGACCGCCCUCAAGUCCGAGUCCCGGGAAGCUCAUGCCGGAGCCACGGAGCGGGUCAACGAGGCCGAGCGGCAGGCCCGGUCGCUGGCGGAGAAACUGGAGGAGCUCGAGGACAGCACCAAGAGGAACGCCCGAGCUAUGGAGCGCACAGAGGGGGACGACACCAAGCGAUCGCAGGAACAUCUGGACUGGAACACCAAGCAGAUCCACCACCUGGAGGAGAAAAUCAGCAGCCUGACCAAGAGGGAGGCCGAGCUCGACACCGAGCUGCAGGAGCACAUCCCCCGGGCCAAGGAGUGUGAGCAGCACCUGCCCCAGGUGGAGGAGGCGGUGCGCUCCAUCCUGAGGCUGGCGGGGGACCUGAGCGGGGCGGAGAAGCGCCUGGAGGAGGUGACGCUACAGGUGUUUGGGACUGAGGACAGCAUGCUGAAAGCACUCGGCGAAAUCCUGGAGAUCAGACAGGAGCUGGACACCCUGCAGGCUCAAAACAGCAUCCUGAAGAUGAAGAACGAGUUGUCCGUGGUUAAAGAGGCAGUCCAUGAACUCACCAUGGUGCUGAGGGGAACUACAGUCGACAGCCUGAAGGAGGAAGACACUCUGGAGGAAGAAGGAUGGAGAGAGGAGGAGGAGGAAGAGUGGGAAACAUACGAUGAUGAGGAAACUCCACUUCUUCCUGAUUAACUCACUGAAUGAUGUCAUUGUUUUUGAGCCAACUCGAAAAAGACAGACCCACCUACCAUGUGUUACUAUUUGCUGUAAAACUGCUCAGUAUUAGUUCAGUAUUAUUGUUUUUCAAAUGUACACCUCAGUUUCAUGUUACAAAAAUGCUUUUGCAUAAAAGUUCCCUGAUUUGAACAUGAACUCUGGUAUACAUGCACUGUAUUAAACAAUAGCACAAUCAAUAAUAUUUAUUUUAAUAUUUGUUCAAUGUGGACUUCCACAUUUUGGUUUCUAUAGCAUUCGUAUACAACAUGACCCAUUACUAUGCCAAGUUGUAUGACAAUAUCUGCUCCAGUGUUUCUAGAUAAAACGACAUUAUAGUUUAAAUUAUGUCAAAUUAUUAAUCAAUUAGUUAAUUGUUUUGUACUUCUAGCUUUUAAAAAUGCAGGAUUGCUCUUCUUUCCAUCUUUAGUUUUCACAUUUGAAUGUAUGGCAAUGAUUUCCUUAUAGAACAUAUUGAAUAAAAUCACCUUUUUUAUUGAAAUUGUCUUAUUUGUACAAAUGUGUCUUUUCCCUCCUUUUUAAUCUUGUUUACUUAGGCACUACUUUCUUAACUGUGUUUUUCAUAAAUCUGAAACGAUGCACUUUUGCAUUAGUGUUUUAAAUAGCUAACACACACACAUGCAGCUGUCGUGUCCUUGAAUCUAUGUGCUGUCU